UAUGCUUAUCCGCUUCGGCAGAGAACACGAGUUAGGACCGAGAGGGUUUUGGAUUGGGGUUUCUGCAGUUGCUUGCGGAGGUCUCGGGAGCAGCGGAAAUGCCGUCGCACAAGACGUUCCGGAUCAAGAAGAAGCUGGCGAAGAAGAUGAGGCAGAACCGGCCGAUCCCCCACUGGAUCCGCAUGCGCACCGACAACACCAUCAGGUACAACGCGAAGCGCAGGCAUUGGCGCCGCACGAAGCUAGGGUUCUGAGGUCACCCUAGAUGGGCUCUAUUUUCCCCUGCUUAUGCUACGACCGAAUUGCCAUCAAUGGCGAUCAUUUUGGAAUGUUAGAUUGCUUUGCCUAGUUGCUACACUACUCAUUACUCCAACUGUACUCGUUUUCCUUUGCAAUUGGUGUUCUUAUGAAGAUUAUAUCUCUGCAAUGAUUUGUUUUGGGCUA